UCUAACAAGGGACGUCAAGGAAUCUUUGGUCAGGGAACCAGACUACUGUGUGCUAGUUGUGUGAGCACAGAUUAAACAGUGCCUCAUGGUGUAAGCUAGUCUGCAGUGUAGUUUAAGGGACGGUAUUUUUGUGGCUAGAGCGUGGUGGUGCGUAGCUAAGGGUUUGAGUGGGUAAAUUAAUUAUUCUCAAGAAAUUCUAAAUUUGAUAUAGUUUUAUGUUGAAAAUUACAGUGGUAUGCGUUUGAGCCUACUUGUACAAAUAGAGAUGAACUUGUGGGCAUCAAACAAAAAAACAUGCCUAGCCUACCCCUAGGGGCCAAGACAAUGAAUGAACAAGCGAAGUCAAGUUAUUUCUACAGUUGGGACUGGGGGGUCCCAACAUGCCCAACUAGAGUAAUGACUGUCCUAACUGUCCCAACAUGCCCAACUAGAGUAAUGACUGUCCUAACUGUCCCAACAUGCCCAACUAGAGUAAUGACUGUCCUAACUGUCCCAACAUGCCCAACUAGAGUAAUGACUGUCCUAACUGUCCCAACCUGCCCAACUAGAGUAAUGACUGUCCUAACUGUCCCAACAUGCCCAACUAGAGUAAUGACUGUCCUAACUGUCCCAACAUGCCCAACUAGAGUAAUGACUGUCCUAACUGUACCAACAUGCCCAACUAGAGUAAUGACUGUCCUAAGUGUCCCAACAUGCCCAACUAGAGUAAUGACUGUCCUAACUGUCCCAACAUGCCCAACUAGAGUAAUGACUGUCCUAACUGUCCCAACAUGCCCAACUAGAGUAAUGACUGUCCUAACUGUCCAAACAUUCCCAACUAGAGUAAUGACUGUCCUAACUGUCCCAACAUGCCCAACUAGAGUAAUGACUGUCCUAACUGUCCCAACAUGCCCAACUAGAGUAAUGACUGUCCUAACUGUCCCAACAUGCCCAACUAGAGUAAUGACUGUCCUAACUGUCCCAACAUGCCCAACUAGAGUAAUGACUGUCCUAACUGUACCAACAUGCCCAACUAGAGUAAUGACUGUCCUAAGUGUCCCAACAUGCCCAACUAGAGUAAUGACUGUCCUAACUGUCCCAACAUGCCCAACUAGAGUAAUGACUGUCCUAACUGUCCCAACAUGCCCAACUAGAGUAAUGACUGUCCUAACUGUCCCAACAUAACCAACUAGAGUAAUGACUGUCCUAACUGUACCAAUGACUGUCCCACCAUCCCUACACUGUUAAAAGAGCUGGGCAAAAUAUCGCUGGGUAAACGCCAUUUGUGAUUUGUUGGUAAAUUUUUGUUCAACUAUUGAGUAAACUUAAGGGUUGGUUAAGAUAAAAAAGUUACCAACGUUGAGUAUAGUUUAAACAACAAUUGUUGGAUAAACAUUGUCCAAUUAAUUGGUAUUGUUUAUUAGAUUUAUCCAACCACGAAUUGCUGGGUAGAAAUUGGAGAAACACUCCCGGCAGAUGGGCAUUGUGGCGUGAAAGGGUGUGACGUUAACCAUUUUGUUGUGAACCUUGUUAUCGUGCGCACACGCGCUCAUUACCAAGUCAUGAAAGUUAUAAUGCGACGUCGAUGAUGGCUGACCACCAAGUGUUGAGAUUACUGGAGGAGUGUGGCGUUAGCUCCCUAACGGACGUUUUCUGAGAUAAUGAGAUCGACAUGCAGGCAAUGAAGGUGCUGACCGAGGCAGAUAAUUUGCAACUUAUUCCCAAAAUCAUCCAUCGACACUCAACGGGAUAUAAUCAAGCCACAAUAACUGAAGGAUAGACACAAAGCUUCAUCCCCAGCCCUUUGUGCUAUCAUUAGGCAGCGCUGAUCUGGAGUCAAGAAAUGCUUUUCCACAACCAUCAGUCAUGAAAGCAGUAGAUGUGUACUACAAGGCACACUAUGUGCUGGACUGCAAAUACCAAGUUCAGUGCCAGGGGUAUGGACUUUUUUUGAAACGUGUGUGUUCACCCAGCAAGGUGUGCAAUCGAGAGAAACCACCACACUGAGAGGUGUAAUGGCUUAUCUUGCACAUUAAAACGUGCUGUAAGUCACUGCAGUAAUGCUGCACCCAUCUAAAAGUAUAAAAGGCUACCUAACAAGUUAUAAUUAUUGUAGUCGGUGUGUGAGAGAAUCACAUUAUAAAACUUUGUUUUAAAAAAAUAUGUUGUUGUUGAUCCUUAGGCAGUCUUAUUAUAGUUGGUGUGUAAUAGUAGCAGAUUCUUAACUUUGGUAUGAAACAAUAUUAUGAGUAAAUAUAUUACAUUUUGAAAGUGUACAUCCCAGUAACGUCCGACCUGUCUGACUUGUCAUGCAAGUGUCAUCAAAUUGAAGUACUUUGCUUUACACAAUAACUCUCAUUGUUUUAAAAGUCACUGCAGCAAUGUCUGCUGAACCCAUUUACAAGUAUAUAAGGCUACCUAACAAGUUGAUCAUUACGCAGUCAUAUUGUAGUCGGAGAGUAAAAGUAGCAGAUUCAAAAAAAUUGUUUUAGUUUGAAACAAACAGGCUUUUUCCGUUGAUUUUUUUUCUGGGGGAUGGGGCGUUUAAGUCAGCAGCUUUAACGGUUUUAUGAGUAAAAUAGCCUAUGUUUGUAUUUAUUUGUGCAAAAACGUUGUUUCAUUGCUUGUUUGAUGUUCACAAAUAAAAAAGGAAAAGCAAAGAAGUACUUUCUGAAGUCUUUCAUUAAUGUUUGUGCUAAUUACUCAACUGUUGGAUGAAUAACUUGGUUCAAUCUAGUCUCAACAACUGAGCUUUAGUAAUGGAUUUGUGCCCAACAAUUUACAAAAACCAACGGAAAUUUACCAACAAGUGGUCAUUAUCUGGAUACACGGUUGCCCAUCUAUUGCAUAGUCAUAUUCCAACUACUAAGCAGUUAUUCUAAAAGGUUGACCAAUAUAUGAGCAAACAUGGUUAUACAACGUUUGUGUAACUGUUACUACCCAAGUAUUGGGAGACUUAUUAUUACCAACCCUUGGACAUAUAAAACAAACCAAAGGUUGGGCAGAA